AAAUAAUUUAAAAACGCAAAUAUUAGUCGCAAAAUAUUUAAAUGGCCUAAACAUUGAUACCAAAAUAUUUCGUUUUACUGGAACGAUAAAGAGUGAAACGUAGGUAGCUACAUCUGUGUCUUCUAGCAUUACACGCGACUAGUGUUGAUGGGAUCGGAAUAGUAAUAAUAUUGAGAAACUUAAUAAAGAGACGUAAUAACCAGCAAAAUGCAAUCCAUGCGCGCUCAUCGGGUAUUAAACAAACACAAGUCCGUGCUGCAAAUAUGGAAAAUCGCCACGAGAAGCUUUGGCACGGAUGUGGAAUACAGACCGAUCAGGAGUGUCCUCGUCGCCAACCGAGGAGAAAUCGCUGUUCGUGUGUUCCGCGCUUGCACAGAGCUCGGAAUUCGCUCCGUGGCGAUUUAUUCGGAGCAAGAUAAGAUGCAGAUGCACCGACAGAAGGCAGACGAAGGUUAUUUAGUAGGCAGAGGACUACCCCCCGUGCAAGCAUACCUGAACAUUCCUGAAAUUAUUCAAGUCGCCAAGGAGAAUGACGUCGACGCUAUACAUCCUGGGUACGGUUUCCUCUCGGAGAGAUCGGAUUUUACACAAGCGGUCAUUGAUGCUGGCAUCAGAUUCAUCGGGCCUAGUCCUAAAGUUGUUCAGCAAAUGGGGGACAAGGUAGCCGCCAGACAAGCUGCGAUUGAGGCUGGAGUGCCUAUCGUACCGGGAACAGAUGGACCAGUGACAACUUCCGAGGAAGCGAUGGAAUUCUGUAUGAAACAUGGCCUUCCUGUUAUCUUUAAAGCAGCUUACGGAGGAGGAGGACGAGGUAUGAGAGUCGUAAGACAGAUGGAGGAAGUACGCGAGAUGUUCGAUCGUGCAUCUUCCGAAGCUGCGGCUGCUUUCGGAAAUGGCGCGAUGUUUAUCGAGAAAUUCAUUGAGAGACCACGUCACGUUGAGGUGCAAUUACUCGGAGAUCAUGCCGGCAAUGUCGUGCAUUUGUAUGAACGUGAUUGUUCUGUACAACGUCGUCAUCAAAAGGUCGUCGAGAUCGCGCCAGCGCCAUCGUUAUCGGCUAAGGUCCGCGAAAAAAUGACCGAGCACGCUGUCAAAUUAGCGAGACAUGUCGGUUACGCGAAUGCCGGUACUGUAGAGUUCUUGGUCGAUGAAACCGGAAAUUUCUACUUUAUUGAAGUCAACGCCAGGUUGCAAGUCGAACAUACAAUAACUGAAGAAAUAACUGGAAUCGAUCUCGUACAGUCCCAAAUCCGAAUCGCCGAGGGCAUGACAUUACCGGAACUCGGUAUGACGCAGGAAAAGAUCAUACCUCAAGGAUUCGCAAUACAAUGUCGUGUGACUACGGAGGAUCCAGCCAAAAGUUUUCAGCCGGACACUGGAAGAAUAGAAGUCUUCCGUUCUGGUGAAGGCAUGGGCAUCCGAUUGGACGGAGCCUCAGCGUUUGCCGGAGCUAUAAUCUCUCCGUAUUACGACUCGCUUCUUGUUAAGGUGAUCGCCCACGCUGGCGACCUUCAGUCUUCUUGCGCCAAGAUGAACCGAGCUCUUCGUGAGUUCCGUGUGCGAGGUGUAAAGACAAAUAUACCCUUCCUGCUGAACGUCUUGGAGAAUCAAAAGUUUCUCAACGGCGUCGUCGACACGUAUUUCAUUGACGAGAAUCCUCAGCUGUUUCAGUUCCAUCCGAGCCAGAAUCGCGCACAGAAACUGCUCAACUAUAUCGGCACGGUCCUUGUGAACGGUCCUAGUACGCCAUUGGCGACUCAACUAAAACCGGCGGAUAUCAAGCCGCAUAUUCCACAAAUUGCUUUAGACUUUGCUAAGCUUGCAGCAGCAGAAGAGACCAAUGAUCCUGACGCACCAGGUCGCGAAGACAAGUUAAACAAGGAUGUUUUGGAUCCUCCGAAAGGAUUCCGUCAUAUCUAUAAAGAACAAGGACCGGAAGCUUUCGCCAAGGCUAUUAGACAGCACAAAGGUCUUCUACUGAUGGACACUACGUUUCGCGAUGCCCAUCAGUCCCUCCUAGCGACUCGUGUACGAUCGCAUGAUCUGCUAAUGAUCUCUCCGUUCGUCGCGCACAAAUUCAACAACCUCUAUUCGCUGGAGAACUGGGGUGGCGCGACCUUCGAUGUAGCAUUGAGGUUCCUUCACGAAUGUCCCUGGGAACGUUUGGAAGAUAUGCGCAAGGCCAUUCCUAACAUUCCAUUCCAAAUGCUCCUGAGAGGCGCUAACGCUGUCGGAUAUACCAACUAUCCCGACAACGUCGUCUUCAAGUUUUGCGAUCUGGCCGUGAAGACCGGCAUGGACAUCUUCAGAGUAUUCGACUCGCUCAACUAUCUCCCAAAUCUCAUCAUCGGUAUGGAGGCGGCUGGAAAAGCCGGAGGUAUCGUUGAGGCGGCGAUUUCCUACACAGGCGAUGUAAGCGAUCCAUCUCGCACCAAGUACAACCUAAAGUAUUAUACCGACCUGGCGGACGAACUGGUCAAAGUGGGCACACAUGUCCUGGCAAUCAAGGACAUGGCCGGAUUGCUGAAGCCUAAAGCGGCCGAGAUAUUGAUCGAUGCGAUCAGGCAGAAGCAUCCAGAUGUGCCACUUCACAUACACACACAUGACACCGCUGGAGCUGGAGUGGCGUCCAUGUUAGCCUGUGCCAAGAGCGGCGCCGAUGUUGUGGACGUUGCCGUUGACAGCAUGUCCGGCAUGACCAGCCAGCCUUCCAUGGGCGCAGUCGUUGCUUCUCUGCAGGGGACGGACCUUGAUACUAAACUGAAUCUGCCUGAUAUCUCCGAGUAUUCCGCAUAUUGGGAGCAAACGAGAACGCUCUACGCACCUUUCGAGUGCACCACGACAAUGAAGUCCGGAAACGCAGACGUCUACCUCAACGAGAUCCCCGGUGGCCAAUACACUAACUUACAAUUCCAAGCUUACUCACUCGGUCUUGGCGAAUUCUUCGAGGACGUGAAGAAGGCGUACAGGGAAGCUAAUCUUUUGCUCGGUGACAUCAUCAAAGUCACACCGAGCUCCAAAGUCGUCGGCGACUUGGCGCAAUUCAUGGUCCAGAAUAAACUGACCGCCGAGGACGUUCUGAAGAGAGCCGAGGAAUUGUCAUUCCCCAAAUCAGUAGUCGAGUUUCUUCAGGGUGCUAUCGGUGAGCCCCACGGAGGGUUCCCCGAACCUUUCAGGUCAAAGGUCCUCAAGGACAUGCCGCGCGUACAGGGCAGGCCGGGCGCGAGUCUGGCACCGCUUGACUUUGUCGCCUUGAAGAAAGAACUGCAAGAAUCUCAUCCACAUAUCAGCGAGAAGGACGUUAUGUCGGCAGCACUUUACUCUAAAGUAACGAAAGACUACUUGAGCUUCAAGGAGCAGUUCGGUCCAGUGGACAAACUGGAGACUAGAAUUUUCCUUACGGGACCCAAAGUGGGUGAAGUAUUCGACGUUACGAUCGAGAGAGGCAAAACUCUGGGAAUUAAAACCUUGGCUGUUGCCGAGGACCUCACGAAAAAUGGCGAACGCGAGGUAUUCUUCGAGAUGAACGGCCAGUUGAGAUCAGUAUUCAUCAAGGAUAAAGAGGCUGUCAAGGAACUUCACGUGCAUCCCAAAGCGACGAAAGGCGAUAAAAAUCAAUUAGGCGCGCCGAUGCCCGGAGAAGUAAUCGACAUCAGAGUAAAAGUAGGUGAUACUGUGGAGAAAGGUGCGGCUUUGGUUGUAUUAUCUGCCAUGAAGAUGGAGAUGGUUGUACAGGCACCUAGAGCAGGAAAAAUCAAAAGUCUCGAUAUCAAGCUGGGCAUGAGACUGGAAGGAGAUGACCUCGUUCUGACAUUCGAGUAAAUUCUUUCAUUCUGAUGAGACUGACCGAUCUUUGGAAGUCAAUUCGCAACUGCAUCGAACGCACGAGAUAUUUAUUUGCGAACACUGUCUAUUUCGACAGUGAUGCGCGCAUGGUAUGUGUGUGUGUAGUACACGUGUGUAUGUAUAUAUGUGUAGUGUGCGGAAAGUAAAAUCUUGAGAAAUCUC